UGCAAUUUCCCAUUUCCCCCUUUACACUCUCUCUCUCUCCGCACGAAAACCUCACUCCAAAAAAUCUACACUUGGAUUCAUAGCUUUUCUCUUCAAGUCCGAUUCAGAAAACCGGUUUUAUUUAUUCUCCCAUACCGACCUUUGUGUGAACAUUUCGGCGAUUCCCUCAAGCCACUGCCGUCUCACUCUCUCAACGUUCUGUCAUGAUGACUUUGCUCAACAAGAAGGCUAGCCGAAGUGAUCUAAUCAAUGACUUACCGAGUAAUGUCGUUGAUGCCAUCCUAGCAAACUUGACACUCCGAGACCAAGUUAGAACUAGUAUUUUGUCCAAAAAUUGGAGGUAUAUGUGGACUUCAGUCUCACAAAUUUGUAUCGAUGAAUGCUUUUUUGAAAGGUUUUGGCAUGUUGAUGACCGUGACCGUGACCGUGUAGUUUGUAAAAUCAUCACGAAAGUUCUUAUGCUUCACAAUGGGCCGAUACACAAGUUUACUCUUUUCAUACCAUUUGACUCCUGUUUCAAAAUCACAGUGGAAUACCUCAAUAUGUGGAUUCCAAUUUUGUCAAAGAAGGACAUUAAAUAUCUUGAACUUGUGAACUGCGACGACGCAGUACCUGAUGAAAUGCCAUAUAUUGUCCUCUCUUGUAAGGAACUGACUUACUUUGAGUUUGGUGGAUUUAACCUAUCAGUUCCACCUAAUUUCUGCAGCUUUAAAAGAUUGCUUGAACUUCACCUAGUUUGUGUUAGAUUCGAGUCUGGUGCACUUGAGAGUCUUAUGUCUGGUUGUCCUAUUCUUGAAAAGCUCAGCAUUGAACAAUGUACUGGUUGUGAUAGUCUUGUUAUAUCUUCCCCUUCUCUCAAAGUCUUUGAGCUAGAAUUAAGGGAUGAUAUGAAGUCAAUUUCUCUCAAGAGAGCAAAGAAUCUGAUCGAUUUUACACUCAAUGCCCAACAAAACAACUUAUCUGGUUCAAUCAAAGGUUUGCCAAAACUUAAGUCGCUUUCGCUUUUCGGUAUGGAAAAGAUCCCAUUAGCAGAUAUCAUUCCACCCACGCUGCUAACAAGCUCAUUAAGCUCUUUAGAGUAUCUUAAAUUGAGUGACAUGAAUUUGAAUGAAAAAGGAGAACUGUUGUAUUUUGUUAGUGUUCUCAAAAGUGCUCCUAGGUUGAUUGAACUCGAUAUACAGAACUACAACAUGGUUGAUACCGCACAAGUUUCAGACCUUUCAGAAGAGUUAAAAUGUCGUAGUUGUUGCUGCCUUAAACUUCAGACGGUGAAUAUCUAUAUGGAAGCUAACUCUCAGCAUGUAAUGAGUUUGAUAAAGUUUAUACUUGCGAAUUCUACACUGUUAAAGACUCUUACUUUAGAUUGUAGUUAUAAUAAAUUAAAGGCAGAUAUGUUGUUCAGAAUUUCACAAGACCUGUUAUUGAUGGAACGAGCAUCACCAAGAGCACAGGUUAAGUUUCAUCCUUCUAGUUCUACCUAUUCACUAUUUGAGUAGUGAGGUGAAAAGAUUCGUUGCACAUUGGACCACUGUUUAAUUUAUUUACUUUCAACCCAUUUGGUAUCAUGUGGCCAUUAUUUGUAAUGCUUUGUGAUACAGUAAGCUACUUAACUUUCUAUUCUGGUUGUUUAUGAGGUUAGAUUUUUGGAUGAUAAAUCGUGAAACUUUUUAAUUAGGGGACUAGUUAUAUUUUCUUGAAUGGUCUUUUAUUUUGGUUAAUUUAUAUAUUUUUCAAGUGAAAAAAGUUAAUUAUUGAACAUGUUAUGUUGUUAAAUCUUGAAGGGACAGUAUGCUAGUUGCUCAAAAAAGGGGGCUGAAUCUCAUUAAGUGAAUUUUAUUAUCAUUAACUUUUUUUAAUUUCUUUAAGCCAUCUUUGUUUGGAAUAUGGAAUUUAUUUAUUUAUUUAUUUAUUUUAAUAAUUGGAGAAGAUUGAACUCGUCAUAUGGAUGGGGAUAACAAUUGUGAGGAAUGCUGGACUCGAGGAUAUGUGACAAAACAGUGGUUUAUAAAUUAUUGCCUUGUUCAUACUGCUUGAAGUUAUGAAGAAAAAGUUUUUCUUGAUACAACAACACCUUUCUUCUAUAAUUUUCUUCAAGAAGUGAAAGAGAUCACUUUGAGAAAAAAAAUUCUGUCAGUUUUGUGUGGUUUGGGAUGUAUUUAUUCUGGCUAAAAGAGAUAAGAGGGGGAAUAUUUUGGUUUUUUGAGUAAUAAGGGUGUUAGAGACGUAGAGGAUCUUUUUGCUACUUGAAUAUCUUCAAGUUCGGACAUUCAGCUGAGGAAAUCAAAUAUGGUGGGUCUUUGAAGCUUGUCCCCCCCUAUCUUAAGGGUUUCAAGGCGAAGUCAGCUGUGGAGAGUGAUCGGUUACCUAAAAUUUCUUCUGCAAAUUUUUUGUUUCAUUAUACCCUUUUUUAUCUUUAGCCUUGUUGAGGUCGUCUAAGAAGGGUUGGUGGAUGAAUUGGUUCUCAGAGAUCUCUUUAUAGUUGUUGGAGUUUGGUUCUAGGGGUAAGAGAAUUUGACUCAUAAUAUUUGGCUGGGUUUUUGAAAAACGAUCGCGGUCGCAUGAAAGUAUAAAAUGAAUGUUGAUCAACAAGUAAAGUACAAGUAAAAAUGUCAAGAUAAAUGACUGAAAGAUAAAAGAUGCAUUGAAAUAAUGGUGGUGAUUCACGUACAUCAAGCACUUAGC